CGGGUGUGGGGGCGGACCCUGCAGCUCGGCCGCGUCCAGGCGAUGGAGGCCGCGGGCCCCGCCCGGGCCCCGAAGCGCGAGGCGCCGGCGGAGAGCGAAGAGGACGUGCAGUUCGUCAGCGAAGGGCCUUUGAGACCUGUACUAGAAUGUAUUGACCUUGUCAGUAGUGAAGAUGAAGAGCCUAGCAGCAGUGCCAGCAUUCAUAGAAAAGUAAAACGUAAAGAUCACAUUGACUAUCAGAAAGAAAGGGUUGCUUCAACCCUAGCUCGCCUAGCACGCCAUGUGGAAGUAGAGAUACAGCAGAAAGAAGAGAAAAACAAAGCUUUCAAGGAAAAAAUGGAUUCCCAACAUGCUCAUGGAUUGCAGGAGCUGGAAUUUAUUCGGGGACAUAGUGACACAGAAGCAGCAAAAUUGUGUGUGGACCAGUGGUUAAAAAUGCCAGGUCUCAAGCCAGGUAUGGUUAAUUGUGGAAGAGGUGGAUUCAAGAAGGCAGGUGGAUUCCAGAGGGCAGGCCAGACACCAGUGAAGAGCAGUCCUAUUUUAUGUCCUGUAAUGCAUUGCAACAGAAAAUUUGAUAAUGGGCAUCUUCUGUUAGGCCACCUGAAAAGAUUUGAUCAUUCUCCUUGUGACCCAACAAUUACACUCCAUGGAGCUCCAGCUAGUGCCGUUGCCUGUGUGAUAUGUUUUAAAAGAUUUGUUACCUCACAGCAGUACUGUGAACAUCUUGUAUCUAAGAUAAAUGAAAAUGAUGGGCAUAAAAGAGAUCUCCCUCCACAGCUUAUUCAGUGCUUUGCAUGUCCUCACUGCUUCCUUCUUUUCAGUCUAAGAGAUGAAUGUUUGAAGCAUAUGUCUGGAAAGAAUCACUUCCUCCAGGUUUUUAAAUUGAGUGAUGAAUCAGGAACUGCACUUCCUUUGCCUUUUCCAACCUACGCAAAGAAGCUUCUGGUAUCCUUAUGCAAAGAGGUCCCAUUCCAGGUUAAGUGCACAUCCUGCCGCCAGACAUUAGGGUCACAUAUGGAGCUAACAGCACACUUCAGAACUCGUUGUCGAAAUUCGGGCCCUGUAGUACUGUCGGAGAAGAGCAUUUCCCAGGUGGCAGAAAUAUUUGUAGCAAGAGGUCGCUGUCAAAAUUGUGAUAAGCUCUUUGCUGAUGACAACCAGAUCAAACAGCAUAACCAAACAACUCAGCACAAGGUUAAAAUUAUUACCACAAUGGAAGAAUCUAUCUUGAUUUUCUGUCAUCUCAAUGGAAGAAAGAAAAAUCUCUCUCAUAUCAGCCAGACAAUAAAUCGGUCAAAAUCAUCACUACUUAAGAGACCACUGACUUUGAGUGAGUCUGCUAAUGAAAAUAAUUCUGCCAUUUCAAAACAGAAGAAUAAUUUAGAAAACAAAAAUCAGGAAGUUGGAGUAAAACUAGGUCAAGAUGAUACAUGCAAAAUAAAAGCCUGGUUUUGUGAAUGUUUUUUGAAGUUUUCUUCUGAAGAGUCAGUAGAAAAGCACAUUUUUUCAGCAAAUAGAAUCUGUUAUAAAUGUGCGGUCUGUGGGAAGCUUGCUGAAAACUCAAGCAUUAUCAGUCUCCAUAUGAGUCGGUUCCACGGAGGGGCACACUUGACUAAUUUCCUUUUCUGGUGUCGAGCAUGUAAUGCAGAUUUAUCAAAAGAAGAGAAUGUUAUGGCACAUGUGACUGAAUUUCAUGGUGGACAUAGUUACUAUUUUGAGCAGGAAGAAGCUCUAGAGGAUGAAUCUAUGCCAUCUUCUGACACAGUUUGUAGUACCUCAGUUAAAUAUGAAGAAAACGUUACUAUCUCUGUAGAGCAGUCCCCUGGGAAAAAUCCCAUUUUAGGAAAAUGGCAGUGCUGCAUUUGUGAGGAAAUGUUUGAUUCUGAAGGUAGUGUUAAAAAGCAUUGCAUGUCUUUAGAAAGCCAUGAAUUUCACAGGUAUUGCUGUGGAUUGUGCAAAAAUCACUUUCGUAAAAUAGAAACGCUAUACCGACACUGCCAGACGCACCACAAUCAACAAAUACAGGUUAAAUAUUAUUGUGGUAUUUGUGGGAAUCUCUUUUUUGAUGUUGAGGAAGAAUUUCUAACACAUUAUAAGUCUUCCCAUAGCAUGGAUUAUAUGUUUGUGUCUGAGCAAACUGAACCAUCAAUAAAAAUUGAAGAAGAUUUUUUGCCAUUAGAAGAAGAAAACUAUCUAAGCUGUGGCUGCCGAGAAGAUUACGUCUCAAAAGCAAAUAGAAAGAUAGAUUAUGAUAUUUGUCUGAAAAACAUGCUAAAAAAAGGAAAUCUGUGGUUUCGCUGUUGCUUCUGUACAGCAACAGCACAAAAUUAUGCAGACUUGAAUGACCACCUCAGCAGUCACCCAACACAGAAAUGCACCCAAGUGACGUAUGUUGUGAAGUGUAGCGCGUGCAGCAGAAAUUUUACUGAUCUUAAGAGUGCCCAUCAACACUAUCAUGAUAAACAUUGCUUCUUGCAGAAGCCUGAUACAACGCAGUUCAGUUCAAAAGAAGAAAGCAAUGUCUUUAAAUUCACAGCAAGCGGUGCUUGUGUGGGUAAGAAGCCUGACAAACUGAAGCUUUCUGAAAAGUUUCCGAAAAGAUCAAAAUCUCCCUCUUCAAAGGGACCCAUAGAUGGAAAGAAAGGAAGAAGUAAGAAAACACAUUCGCCAGAACCUAAUGAAGUUCAAGACAGUGAGCUGCCAGAUUUUGACUACCUCAAGACCAUGACUCACAUUGUGUUGGUGGAUUUAGACAAUUGGGGAAGCUUUUUCACUCGUCUUCCGGCUAGCCUGAAUCAAGGGACAUUUAUCUGGGGAUUUCAAGGAGGAUGUAGCAACUGGAAGCCUCCAGAUAAAUGCAAAAUCUUUGAUUAUCUUAAUAAGAUAGGAUGUUUCUUCCUUCAUCCACGCUGUGGGACCAGAAGAGAAGCCGCAGACUUUGCACUCUGCAUGCAAGCUGGCCGUCUGGAUGAACACCUCCCCAAACAAAUUCCUUUUACCGUUCUUUCUGGAGACCAGAGUUUUCUAGAACUAGAGAAGCAGUUUAAGUUGACACAUCGAUCAGCUCACAUUCUAAAUCCUCAUCACAUAGACGGAGACAUGAUGUGUGCCUUAUUAAAUAGCAUUUCGGAUACCACAAAAGACAGUGAAGAUGAAAAUGAUAUUAAAAAGACAAUGCAGAUGAGUUUAGAAGAAACGAAGAAACACAAAGAGCAAGAUGCAGAAUUGCAAGAAGCUAUCAAGCGAAGUCUGGAGGACAUAUAAAAGAAGUUACUGCUGUAUGCUAGUAGCAAGCCAUCUAAGCUGUUUAUGGAAAUGGACGCUUAUUCAUCCAUUUACAAAAGGGUCAGGAAAUACUGCUUUAAAAGCACUUAUAUGUUUAGAUUUGUAAUAUAACAUGUUGCUGUUUGAGUCAUGCAAUUUAACAUCUGGAGUUUAUAGAUGUAUAUACUGCAACUUAUGUGUGAUAGAAGAAAAUAAAUUUUAAAAGCCUUUCAUGUUCCUUUUUCUAAUGAAUGAUGACUAUGAGGUAAUGAAUCAUGAGUUUCUGCUGACAUCAUCAGAACUUGUAGCCUAAGAAGUAGGCGCUUCUUACCCUGCUGGCUCUUGCAUUUAAUUCUUCUUUUGUAAAAUGUUACCUUUUUUUUAAAUGUAUUUACUUUUUUUCCAUGUACCUUUUACAAGAGAUAAAAAUGAGUAAGCUUCCAUUGUUUCAGAGCAGCUUACCUUGCCAGUCUUUUUCUAAUGAGGAGUUUGGACCCCUCUCCUUCAACUAAUAAUGCAUGGGCAGGUCCCUGUGCCUCCGCAAAACUUUGCAAGAUCAGGACAUUUAGAUAAAUAGCUAUUUUCUGCUAUUUUUAUUUUUAAUAAAUUGGUAUCUUAAUGUGUUAUGCUAGCUGGGUUAAAAUUUAAUGUUUCUAUUCCUGUCUUGAUAAAGGCUGGAGCAAAGUUUGUAAAUAAAACAAAUUUCCCUUGCAAUUACCUCUUAGAGGUACAAGUGAAAUAAUUUCCGCAUUCUACUUUCUCUGUUGCGCAGACACUUUUUUUCUUUAUGAAGGGAGCUUAUAUUUCCAUAUUUUAAUAUAAUUAAACAUUAAUUAUUUUAUAUUUUUA